AAGAGAGGGAGGGGAAGGAGCAGGGAGGGAAGGGAGAGCAGAGGAGCGUAGAGAGGGGAUCUGCAUUGUAAGUAGCUCUGAGAGCAGCAAGUGGUGGUGGCUGUUUUUCAGCCUGUUAUUGUUUUCCAGAGGAUUGCGGAGAGCACAAAGAAGGAGAAGGCACAGGCAGAGGAGCGCUGAUGUGAAAUGAGUGAGCUGCGUUGGAAAUAAAGAGAAGAAGAAGCUGAAGGAGGAGAAGGGAGGAAAGAAGCCGGGAGGAACACAAGGCAGCAAUGGAUAGCAGAGUGGCUCAGACUGACCCUGGGAUGGCCUGGAUUCACACACUGCUGCUGGCCACCAUCCAGCACACACACUAGGCUGCUAACACAGAUGAGCUCCCAUGUGUUCAUUCAGCCAUGCUCCCUGGUUAUGGAUUCUCACCUUUUCCUGAUUUCCAACCCCACCGUCACACUUUUCACUUCCGAGGAGAGAGCCCCAGCAUGUGGAUCCCUGCCUCAGGAGAGUCCCAGGCUCUGAGCGAGGCCCAGGAGGACAGGCCUCUCCUCCAUCCCUGCCACCACAAGCAUGUUGCCGUGUGCCAGCAGGAGACGCUGGCUUUUAUUGAGAUACAACCAACAGUGACGCCUAAAAUAAACGGACUCGGCUCCCCGAGGCAAACUGUUAUUCCAGACACACAAUGCACAACACAAUCACAGCCCCUGAAUGGAUUAAAACACACACUAAAUGAACUGAACGACAUGCAGAGGAGCUGCCAUAGGACACGCAAUGAGCAUGAAACGACUUUGAACUCUGACACACCUGUGGGAGACAGCGAUCUUAAAUGCCAGAAUGGUAUCAGGACUUCUUUGAAGGAGCAAACUGAAAAGCCACGCUGUGUCACAACAAUAUGUCGACCCCUCCACUCAGCUCUUAGCCUCCCUCUGUCCUUGCCUCUGUCCUCUUUAUACACAAACAGAGACUCCUGGGAAUCUCAGGCACCUUGCUCCCCAUCCUCACCUGAAGGUCCAGGUUUUCAGGGCCCGGACUCCUGCCAGCCACAGAGGAGGACGUCCCAGGGUUCACUGAAAGAGAAGUCUAUCCGACGAAAGAUGCAGGUUUAUUCUCCAGACAGCCUGAGCGAUGACUCUCUCAGCAGCCCAAUCUUGGAUCCGGACUUCAUCUUCCCAGGACCCUUCGCUUCUUUCCUGGAGGAGGACCUCAGUGGACUAUCUUCACUGGAGGCCAUGUCAAGUGCGUCCUCCACAGACGGUGUCACUGAUCUCUCAAACCUCAGUCAUGAUGACAUUUUUAACCUCCCUGAAGAACCACUGCAGAUUAUAGAGGACUCACUUCCAUGUCUAGGGGAAGACAGCAGGACUGUAGAGACAUUUAGCGCCACAGGGGGGAGCUUUAUGACCCGCAGUCGCUUCUGCGAUCAGGAACGGCGGCGCUUCUCAGCUUCAGAACUCAUAUCCAGACUGCAGCUGUCUCAAAGGAAGAACUCCUUCACCUUAAAGCUGGGGAAGUCGCUCUCUGCUCGGGUAGCCUCCCGGGACAGACAGAGCUCCAACAACUUCAGCCCCAACCUGGACUGUAAGUCCAACACCAAACACCGCUGCUCAGGUGGUUCUACUGAUAGCGCCCCCCAAAGUCCUGUAGGACCUGCACCUUCUCUGCCACCCAGCAGUGAUAAUGGCAUGCCUUUACAUCGGUGGAGCACAAAACUUGGAAUGAGAAAGAAAUCCAUAGAGGAGGACUCGGGCACACUUCCAACUGUUGCUAAUUCAAAUCGCUUAUCAAGGUUUUUGCCAAGCUCCAUUCUGUACCAGGAAUACAGUGAUGUUGCCAUCAACAGAGAGAUCCAGAGACAGCAGGGGAAAGAGCCGGGGACAGAGGAGGAGGGGCUCAGGGACGAGGGGUCAGAUGGGACCCCAUCUCCUUCUAAUCUGUCUCCAUCCAGCUCUUUUCGCUCAUCACGAGGCUCUGCCUUUGCACUGUGGCAAGACAUCCCAGACGUUCGAUCCAGCGGACAGCUCGACAACUUCAGCAAUGAGGAAAGAAAGUUGCAGGAGGUGAAUGAGAUGGAUGAGAUUUUUUUAUUUACACAGGCAAAGUUUGAGCUGGUGACGUCGGAGGCCUCGUACAUCCGCAGUCUGACCAUCGCUGUGGACCACUUCAUGUUGUCGCAGGAGCUCACAGAGUGUCUCGGAGCUCAGCAUAAGCAAUGGCUCUUCUCCAAGCUGCCUGAAGUCAAAGAUGUCAGUGAGAGUAGGUUUCUUCAGGACCUGGAGCGGCGGCUGGAAGAAGACAUUCUGCGUUUUGAUGUGUGCGACAUCGUCCUGGAUCACUGCCCGGCUCUGCGAAGAGUUUAUUUACCUUAUGUAACUAACCAGGCUUAUCAGGAGCAGACAUAUCAGCGUUUGCUACACGAGAACCCUCGUUUCCCCGGCAUCCUGGCUCGUUUGGAGGAGGACCCCGUCUGCCAAAGACUUCCUCUGACCUCUUUUCUAAUCCUCCCGUUUCAGAGGAUCACACGGCUUAAAAUGCUGGUAGAGAAUAUCUUAAAGAGGACAACUCCCGGCUCCCGAGAUGAGGACACUGCCACUAAAGCUUUCAAUGAGCUGAAAAAGAUCAUCAAAGAAUGUAACUCCAGUGUGCAGUCCAUGAAGAGGAUGGAGGAGCUCAUUCACCUCAAUAAGAAAAUUAAUUUCGAGGGAAAGAUCUUUCCUCUGAUCUCUCAGUCCCGCUGGCUGGUGAAACACGGUGAGCUCCUGGAGGUGGACACUCAGAUGAUGAGCAUUUCUGGAUCAAAGCUCAAGUUACCCACCAAACCUGUGUACCUCCACCUGUUCAAUGACUGUCUCCUGCUGUCACGGAGGAAGGACACAUGGAAGUUCAUGGUGUUUGUGCACGCCAAGAUCGGAGAGUUGAAAGUGAAGGAUCUCAGUCAGAAGCUGCAGGGAAUCUCAGGCUUCAUCUUCCAUUUGCAGCUGUGUGAAGGCCAGCAGCUCAAACACCAGAUCCUGCUAAAGUCACACACUGAGAGCGGCAAGCAGAGAUGGAUCACAGCCAUGUUUCCAUCUAAUCCCCUGGAAGACAUCGAGCAGGCCAGCGAGAAUGAUGAUAUCUCUCAGGUUCAGUGCAUCAAGAGCUACCAGGCCCAAGAGCAUGAUGAGUUAACGCUGGAGAAGGCGGACAUUCUUCAUGCUAAGACCAUUACAAGUGACGGCUGGGUAGAAGGCAUCAGGCUGUCUGACGGGGAGCGGGGCUGGUUCCCCAAAACCUAUGUGGAGGAAAUCACGAGUCGCAGCGCGCGCCUCCGCAACCUCAGAGAAAAUAUCCGCAUAAAAUGUGUCACACGGAAACUGGUGGGAGAAGUGUGACCAUUUUUACUGCCACUUUUUGUACGUCAAAGGUGCAUUUCAGUAGCUAAUUCACUGUUUUUAAGCUUCUGGAUGGUUUUAUUAUUUUAGAUGGACGGGGGACCUACUGUAUGUUUAGUAUGCAGCUGCUAAAAGAAGCCGGCGUUUUGGUUCUAGCAUGGACGCUAAUCUGUGUAGCAGCAUUUUCUUUAAGCAUGCUAGCUGUAAAGCUUUGAAUGCUUCUUUUUAUUUUCAGUGUAAAAGACUCUUAUGUGAUAAGAUUCUGCUGACAAACGCUCACAUUGGGACAUUUCUCACACUUCUGCCAAACAAAAUGUCCAACCUUUCAGAAGAUUUUGUGCAGCUGCCACUUUUUCCAUGUACCUAUUGUAGAUAGAAAAGAUUUUUGGAAAUUAUGGAAACUUAAUGUGUUCUUUCUGUGAAUGCAUGCCAUUAUCAUGACCAUGUUUUCAGUGGUCAGUGUUGUAUACACACGUCUACCAGCACAUCGUUUGUCCAAAGGUAAAUUUGUAAACUCCACAGUUCCUGCCAGAGGAGCAGUACAAUAACGCUAACUCAAAGUUUGCCACUUUAUUUUCGUCACGAGGAAACUGCGGAAUAUUUUCUUUCCAAAUUUAUAAAUAUCACAUUCUCUUACAUUAUUGUAAUGUAUUGUCAUUAAUGAAGGACAGAUUCUGUAGUUUCUGUACAAGACGGCAAAGCAAUCCCAUUUGAGAUUAGGCUAACUAUCUGGGCUCGCCAUGCAAAGACUCAAAAUAACAAUGAACGUACACUUCAUUAGCCAUGAAGCUAAAACCUUGUGUUUUCCCCUCUGCCAUAUUGCUGCAAGGACUUUGUUUUGAUUUGAUCUCACCAACAGUGCCAAAAUUAACUUUUACUGCAAGUUUGUAUUCAUCAACAACUGAAAAAAUGGUCCCCAACAAAUGCACUGUUUACAUACGUUUGAGUAAUGUUUGCUUCAACUACAAACAAGAUGUGAUGGGGUCUAAGUCGGAAUUUAACAACCAAUUUGUGAGCGAUUUUUAAAAUAUUGUGCCAUGAAUGAAGUGGGCUAAGGGUUGAGUACCAAAGACAGUGUAGAGAGGGGAGGAUAAGUAUUUGGACAAUGGGAAAUUAUCCAGUGGUUCCAAACCUUUUUUAGCUUGUGACCCCACUUCACCAAACUCUGUGGACCCAGACAUCCAAACCCCAUCCAGCUUUCUGCUCAAAUGAUUCAAAUUUCAAUCAUGUGAUAGUUUAUUUUCUACUGGUUUGCAAGUAAACGUUCAUUUAAGAUCACAUUAAGGCUUUUUCAGGUAUUUUUUUGCAGUCAGGGCAGAAAGGCCGGGUUGAGGAUUGUGCAAAAAGGGAUUUUAUUUUCUCACUGUACGAUGUGCACAGCGAGGUGAGCUCGUAGUACAAGGCUGGAAAUGAAUGCUGGACACAUGACGCAUGGAUCCCGAGAGACAGACAGAGAUACUGCAUGUUUUUAAAGUAGGCAGAAUGAUCCUAUAUUUUAUUUUGAUCAAUAAUUAGAAAUUUCAGGGGACCCAAUUUGAAUUCCGUGUGACCCCAUUUGGGGUCAGGACUCCAAGGUUGGGAAAGCCUGCUUUAAUCAAUCCCCAACGUUACUGGACAUUACAUAUCUGGUAAGAGACCAACAGCAAUAUACGUUCUGCAGAAUCAAAUUUUUCAUAUAUGACAUUUUGACUCAACAUUUGUUGACAAUAUAAGUCUGUAAAUGUGAAGUCUGUAUGUCAGCCAUGUCCCUCCUAAAGAACAGAAAAUAGAUUUGACAAAUUCACCUUUGGACAUCUUUACUUUGACCGUCUGUGAGGUAUGUGUGCAAGUUUAGCUCCACAUUUACUAACAUUUAAAAUUGACACGCCCCAGAGCUGGACAUUAUGAGAUGAUAGCACUAAAUGAUAUAAAGACCUACAUCAUCCACAUUAUUCCCUGAUUAAGUGUAAAACAUUCUCAAACAACUCAAAGCUCAGUGUGACUGAGCAGAGACCGGUCUUUAAUGAACCACUAUAAUCCCCAUUCAGACGUAAACCUGAGGAGUUUCAUACCCUUCUGAUUUCUCUUUCUGUGUUGUUAGUUGUAAUUGGUUGCUGUCGCAGCAUGUAUAUUUAUACUCCUCUAGCUGGUUGUUCUUUAAGGAGAUUCUCGUGUAAAUGAUCUUUACUGUAGAUGGCCUCGUGUAUAAAGAGUAGAGAAUGGUUUCUGUAAUUUAUAUGAACAAAGAUCGGACGAUUAUUAUCACAGUCUUUAACUUUUUAGUUGAUUCUUUUCUAAUACAGCAAUAAAUAUAAAACCUGUUUUACACUGGAUGUUUACUGGCUCUGUGCACACUACUGUAAAUGAUUAACCAUUGAAAUAAAUACUUACAUUUUA